CUUUGUAGAUCAGCUGUUGCUGUUUACUGCAUGAAACAGACGUUCUUUAGGACCUGCACGCCCUGCAAAGACCGAGGAAACACAUAUUUGCAGACACUCCUGUGUGCAGGGAAAGGAGGCGAUACUCGUUAACAUUACAGUUCACCUCCAGUUCGAGUGUCAGGCCUGUCCAGGAUGAAACGUGUCAGGGUUGCAGUGGUGGGAGCAGGUGUGAUCGGCUUCUCCACUGCUGUGUGCAUCGCUGAGGCUCUCCCUGUCUGCUCCGUCACUGUGCUGGCUGAGGAGUUCAGUCCAGACACCACCAGUGAUGGAGCUGCUGGGAUCAUGAUUGCUGAAAAGUUUCCAGAUAUUCCCCUGGAAAGACAAAAACGCUGGUUCAAGGACAGCUUUGAUCACCUGUUGGCCAUUGCUCAGUCCCAACACUCACCAGAAGCUGGAGUAAUACUGAGCUCUGGCUGGCAAAUUUUCAAGGAGGUUCCAGCCAUUCAGAAGCCCUUCUGGUCAGAGUCUGUAAUCGGCUUUCGAUUCAUGACCGACCGUGAAUUGAAAAGGUUUCCAGAUCACAAGUUCGGGCAGGCUUUCACCACCAUAAAAUGUGAAUGUUCCAGCUACCUGCCAUGGCUUGAGAAGAGGUUCAGAAAAGCUGGAGGUCAGGUGGAACGGAGGAAGAUCAACAGUCUUCAAGAACUGGGCAACAGCUAUGAUAUCAUUGUUAACUGCUCUGGUCUGGGCUCUAAAACACUGGUGGGUGACAGCAAGGUGUACCCAGUCAGAGGCCAAGUCCUCAAGGUGGAGGCCCCCUGGCUGCAGCACUUCAUCAGAGAUGGAGACGGAAAGACCUACAUCUACCCCGGCAUACACAGCGUCACUGCCGGCGGCACGAGACAGGUGGAAGACUGGCGACUACAAGUGGACGAAGGAGACACGAAGAGCAUCCUGAUGCGCUGCAGCAAGCUGGAGCCGUCUCUCAGCAAAGCCAAAGUCCUCAGCAAGUGGGUCGGUCUGAGGCCCGGCAGGAGGAACCCGAGGGUGGAGAGGGAGCUGGUGGAGCUGCAGGGUUGCAGGACGCCUGUGGUCCACAAUUACGGCCACGGAGGCUGGGGAGUCACCCUCGCCUGGGGCACCGCCCUGGACGCAGUGGGGCUGGUCAAGCAGUGCCUGCAUGAAAUGCCUCUACAGGCUAAACUGUGACCUGAACCCGCCGCUAAAUCCUACUGUUAGUUAAUGCAGAGAACACUCACCUUCAAAUCACGAAACAUGAGAUUUAAUACAACUGACAACAAAUCAAAACUUACAGUAAAAAGCUUAAGUAUUUGCACUAUUUUACACAGUGUGUAUAAGGAAAUAAUUUAUGUCAUGAAAUGAGUUUAAUGGUAAUUUAUUUACAGUGGUGGGACUUGUUUUGUCUUUAUAAAUACUGCUUUCUUAAUUUUUACUUCUUGGUGCUAAGAACAGUUGAGUACAGAGAUCUUCUGUCAGAGAGAUGAACUUAAUUCAAACAAACCAACAUUUACUGAUACGACAGUGAUUAAAAGCCUUGGUAGCAUUUUUACAGCAUAUAUAGGAAAGAAACAGUUUUAAUUAAAUUACUGAACAGAGAAAUACUGUACAUAACUGACUGAUAUGAAAUAAACUAUAAAUUUUU